GCUCAAUAUGAACGCUGGCAGCCUAGAGCCCGUUGCAAGCAGUGUCUUGACCCUACUUUGGACGACGUAAAGAAACUCUGCACAAGCCUUCGACGCAACGCCAAAGAAGACCGAAUCCUCUUUCAUUACAAUGGGCAUGGCGUCCCUCGUCCAACUGAAAAUGGCGAAAUUUGGGUGUUCAAUAAGACCUUUACAAAGUACAUUCCACUGUCGCUCUACGAUCUCCAGCGAUGGCUUGGCGGACCAUCUGUCUACGUACUCGACUGUCAAAAUGCUGGUCGGGUGAUUAAACUUUACGACAUUUUCUGCCAACGUCGGAAGGCCGAGGUGUGUGUCUUGCUCUCCUUGUAA